AACACACUGGCCUGGUUCGGAGACCGAGUCGGUAUAGCCAAACUCUCCAUUGAGGUGGGCGUCUGAUUAAGCUUAAUCAAAAGAUGAUAUAAAGAUAAGCUGAGGUGAUAAAGAGAUAACCCUAUAUGAAAUAAAGAUAGGCCAAGCCCUUGUGACUCUAUGCUGCUUAUAAGCCUGCAGAAGGAGACAAUGAAUUCCUCAUUUUUUAAAUACAGGAGCCUCUAUAAAACGAAUCAUAUUAUUUUUUAUUUCAUUUGUUUUGAUAUAAAUAGUAUUCUAGAUGGGAUUUAUGCUUUUAGUGUUAAUCUUUACUUACUUAAAAAAAAAGAGAUAUCAAAUAAAAAGUUUAAUCAUCUUUAAUAAAAAAAUAAGUACGGCAGCUCCCGGUCAUUGCAUGUUUAAGCUUGAAAAAGCACACGACAAUGCUCUACAUCUGAAAGAAACUUGAAAAGUUUGUCAUCUUUCCAUAGAGAAAUAAACGGGAACAAAAAUAAAGUUUUUAAUUACAUUUUAACCUACAAACAUAUCUCUGUUCUUUUAUCCUACAGCUGAUAUUUUCUUACGUCUUGUAUCCCGUUCCUCUUGCCAUGGGCGUGGCCCCGGAAGACUGCAGAAGGGUCACAAUGUUAUUCGGAUACCGGCUUGGCAGCACCAAUAUUGUUGAAUUUUUCAAGGUGUUCCUCUUUUCCGAGCUGGCAAAAUUUUAA